AUGAACACUACUGAAUAUGAACAGAUCUAUAACUAUUUACAAAAUCCAAACCAAAGACAUGUACCUCGUAGCAUACCACAACAAUCGGUUAAUUAUACGAUAUUGGAAGAUCGUCUAUUUAGAAAGAAUAACGGCAAAUAUUUGUUAGUUAUUCAAUCGCCAGAAGUCGAUCAAAUCGUAUCGUACGCCCACGACCAUCCAAUGGGCGGACACUUCGGAUUCGAAAAGACUUUACAAAAAAUACUCCAACAUUACUGGUGGCCAAAAAUGGGAAGAUACAUCGAACAGUAUGUAAAAUCCUGCGAAACCUGCCAGAAAAUGAAAAAUCCAACGAAAGUUGAACCAUUACAAUCGAUUACGCCAAUCGGUACAAUGAAAAAAUGGGGAAUCGAUCUGAUUGGACCAUUACCACGAACCAUUAAAGGUAAUCAAUACCUAGUAGUAUCAAUCGAUUAUUUGACUAAAUGGCCAGAAGCUAAAGCGAUUGGUGACAAACGAGCUGAAACAGUAGCAUCGUUUGUGGUCGAUGAAAUAAUUUGCAGACAUGGUGUCCCAAGCGAAUUAGUGACCGAUCAAGGCGCUGAAUUUAAUAAUCAAUUAUUAAAACAUAUCGCUAAAAAGACAUCUAUGACGCAUAUUUUGACAUCACCGUACCAUCCGCAAGCAAACGGUCAAGUCGAACGAAUGAACCAGACAUUGGCUGGAACCAUUCGAAAAUUGAUUGAAGAUUACGGUAAUACAUGGGAAGAAUAUGUUGCUACGGCACUAUUCGCCUAUCGUACGACCCGACAAUCAACUACUAAGUAUACGCCAUUUUACCUAUUACAUGGGUAUGAAGCGGUUACACCGCUCAACAAACGAUUGGCUAGAAUCGGAAAUCCCAAAGAUCUGCAAAAACGAUUAGGACAAUUAAUCGAAAUACUUAGUAAUCGAGUUCAAGCUCGUGAAAAUAUUAGAGAGCGCCAGAAAAUACAGAAAAAGUACUACGAUCGCGGACUAAUAGGACAAUCCUAUAUAGUCGGAGAUUUAGUAUGGAUCGAUAAAAAAGUACUUAGACGGAUACCACGUGACAAAAUGGAUCCGAAACUAGAAGGACCGUUUAUCAUUAUGCGAAAAAAUAAGAACGGUACCUAUUACGUGAAAGAUCGAAAAACUGGAGUCGAAUUAAAAACGGCUUACUCAGGCGAUAAAUUCAGAAAAUAUAUUAUUCAACGUCGAUGGGGCGAACCGAUGGUUGAAAUUGAACAAUUAGAAGGCAUCCACGAAGGGACCGAAUUUCCUCGACAAAUAGAUGCGAGUGAUGAAGAUGUUUAA